GAACUGCAAUACUUAGCGAAGAUAUCUUUAUUUAAUUUCUAAUCCAUUGUGUAGAAAUAAGCGUAAUUUAGAUUAAAAUUAAGAUGCCUGACGACAUGGACUUUAUGUUUAAGCCAAUAGUGCUCGUAACGGGUUUCGGGCCGUUUGUAAAUCAUCCAGUUAACGCGAGUUGGGAGGGUGUGAAGCUGAUAAACAAAGAAGAAAUAGAGAAGAAACAUAAUGUAGAGCUCGUUCUCCUGGAGAUCCCUGUGACUUAUGAAAAUGUCGAUGAAUUUGUGCCAGCCUUGUGGGAAACGCACACGCCAAAGCUGAUGAUACAUGUUGGAGUCUCAGGUAUUGCAGAAUGCUUCACAUUGGAGAUGCAAGCGCACAGAAAAGGCUACCAGCGAAUGGACUACUUUGAGAAAUGUCCGGCAAACCAUACAUGUCCUGCAGAGGGGGCUAUAAGGCUGCACACAAAACUAAAUGUGGAAAGAAUAUGCAAAGAGUUCAAUGAUGGCAACUCACAUGAAGAUAACACAAAGGCAGUGGCCUCAAAAGAUGCUGGAAGGUACUUAUGCGAGUACAUCUACUACACGUCCCUCAGCGUGGACAACACGCGCACUCUCUUCGUGCACGUGCCCGAUUCUCACGUGUACUCCGCCGAGCAGACGGCGCGUGGCUUGGAGCGGAUCCUGCACCUGUGCUUGGACCAGCUCAAUGAUGACCAGCUCGCGGGAAAGAUGAAUGAUGCCAACUUGGACGACAAAGCGUAGUGUGCGAGGGUCUUUACUUUAGACUGAGACUCACUGUCAACUAUUGUACAACUGACUGCCUUGAUCGUAAAAUUUUGAAGACAUUUUAGAAUGGUAAAAACGAUCAUAUUGCAAUAGGACAUUAAUGCAGACAGUAUUAUUAUUAACUAGCUACCUGACACCGCGAACUUCGUACCGCCUAACAGUCAUUUAAUGUCGUGUUGUUUUUAUAAUAUUAUUAUAAGAAGAGUGUAUUUGAUACAGUCCAGUCGAAAUAAGCAUUCCCAGGUUUAGUUUUAUGUUUCCAAAUGCUACCUCACUGCUCAUAAAGUAGCGAAAUAAAUUGGGAAUAGCCUCGAAUUAUAAAUGACCUCCAGUCUAACGUGGGGUAAAGGACUCGGCUUUGAAUUUGAUGCAAUCUUAUUUAAACUUUAGAGUUCAAAAAGUUGACAUAAAUGGUGUUUUGUCAUCUGGGUCACCUGUGAAAAUGGGAGUUCCGCAGGGGUCCAUUCUGGGUCCAUUCUUGUUUCUUAUAUACAUUAAUGAUCUACCAUAUUUUGUUAGAAACUUGCGAAAUCGUGUUAUUUGCUGAUGACACAUCUUUGAUUUUUAAUAUUGAUAGAAGUAAAAAUAACUUUGACGAUGUAAAUAAUGCACUAACAAGAGUUUUAAGUUGGUUCACUACAAAUAAUUUACAACUCAAUGCAAAGAAAACAAAAUGUAUAAAAUUCUCUUUGCCCAACGUAAAAACAGUUAGUACUCAAAUAGAACUUAAUAAUAAUGCAAUUGACAUGGUACACUCGACUGUAUUUCUGGGAAUUACCCUGGAUUCAAAACUCCAGUGGGGCCCCCAUAUAGAAACUCUAGCGGGAAGGCUCAGCUCAGCAGCUUUUGCAAUAAAAAGGAUACGGUCAUUAACCGAUGUUUCAACAGCUCGCUUAGUCUACUUUAGCUACUUUCAUAGCCUAAUGUCAUAUGGAAUCAUGCUAUGGGGAAAAGCUGCAGAUUUUGAAACAAUAUUCAUUUUGCAAAAACGUGCGAUAAGAUACCUAUAUAAAAUGAAAGCAAGGGCGUCCCUUAGAGAGUUGUUUAAAGAAAUUGGCAUUCUCACGGCCGCUUCACAAUACAUCUUGAACUGUAUUCUUUUUAUUCAUCAAAAUAUUAAUGAUUUCAAAAAGAAAAGUGAUAUUCACCAAAUAAACACUAGAAAUAAAAAUAAAUUAGCUAUACCCUCUUUCAGACUUAAUAAAGUGUUUGCCACUUUUAUGGGACAAGGUAUCCAUUUUUAUAACAAAGUCCCUGAUAAAUAUAAAGAGCUACCGUAUAAUAAAUUUAAAGGUAUAGUUAAAGAUCACAUGCUUAAAAAAGCUUAUUAUACAACUCGUGAUUUUCUUAAUGAUAAGUCAUCCUGGGAGUAGGAUUAUGGUCCUCUCAUGCUCGUACUAAAAAGAAUUUAAAUUCGUGCUAUGAAAAGUAAUGUAUUAACUAAUUUUCUCUAAUGUUAUAGUGUCAUGCUUCUCAAUCUGGACUGUUACUUAGCUUUAUUAUUAGUUUUUUUUUUUUUUAAGAGAUAACUUGGAAUUGUCAUUCUCACUAAAAUGUCUCUGGGGUGGUGGCGUAGUGAGGCGGGUCGUUACAUUCCCUCUAAUAUGGUCGAGUGAAGCGAUGGCUGGUUCACUCGUCAUGUCUGUGAACAGGCGCUGCUUUCGGGGACUGGUCAAUCCAAGUUAUUCAAAUUUAUUAAUGCGAAUCAUUUCUCCUAGUAUUUAAGUAUCUUAAUUUGUAAGUCUAGAUAUUAGCACGUUACUACCUUGUUUAAUAUGCCACGCAAUUUUGUAUACCCAUUCUUAUAAGAUACAUCAUACAAGAAUGCGUGGUAAAUUCAGUGAACUGCUCCUGAAUCAAAUGUACCUACUACUGCUUUUUCUAUUUAUUCAUAUUAACCGGCAGACAGUGGUGACUGAGUUUGUUGCGGCGCUUCUUCUCAGCACUUGCCAAAUGUUGGUCUCGAAGCGCUGGUAGGGUAAAAAGAUUAUGAGACAUGUAGAGGCUCCUUAAGAGCAAAAUGACGAUUUGCAAGAACUAUUUAUUAGUCUAAACAAAUAAAGAAAUUUUGACUUUGACUUUGACUUUGAAACGUGUAACGCACAAUCUACUUAUUUUUCCAUAAUAUUAAGUUUCACUUUGCCAAGUUUAGGUUAUGAUUUGUCUAAACAAAACGUAGAUAAGUAUGUAAGCUGGUCACAAAGUUGUCAAUUUAGUUGCAAUUUAUUAAAUAAAUAACGUUCUUCCUAGUUUAAUCUUAUCUGUAUUGAUUUAUUUGUAAUAUUAUUAUGAUAUUUUAUGAAAUUAAUCGUAUGUAAUAAGGAAAAAUAUACUUAGUUACAUUGAAUUUAUAUUUGUAAUAAAUACAUUGUUAUCCAUUGUU